AUGUCUUUCAACAACUUCGAUUCUUUCCCCAACCAGGCCGACGCUGCCGCUGCCGCCUCCGGUGCCCCGGCUCCUACCGACACCACUAUGACUGGCCAGGCUGAUCCCGCUGCUGGUGGUUUCCAGGGCCCCGCUCCCGAUGGCGCUUCGCAGGUUGGCCAGGGUAGUGCUGAUGGCAAGACCACCCUCUGGAUGGGUGAGCUCGAGCCUUGGAUUGAUGAGAACUUCAUCCGCAAUCUGUGGUUCCAGAUGGGUGAGCAGGUCAACGUAAAGAUGAUCCGUGACAAGUUCUCUGGGAGCAAUGCUGGUUACUGCUUUGUGGAUUUCUCUUCCCCCGCCGCUGCUGCUAAGGCCCUCUCUCUGAACGGUACCCCCAUGCCCAACACCAACCGCGUCUUCAAGUUGAACUGGGCUACCGGUGGCGGUCUCGCUGACCGCAGCCGUGAUGACCGUGGUCCCGAGUACUCCAUCUUUGUUGGUGACCUCGGCCCUGAGGUUAACGAAUACGUCCUUGUUUCCCUCUUCCAGAGCCGCUUCCCCUCGUGCAAGUCCGCCAAGAUCAUGACCGACCCCAUCAGCGGCAUGUCCCGUGGCUACGGUUUCGUUCGCUUCUCUGACGAGAACGACCAGCAGCGCGCUCUCACUGAGAUGCAGGGUGUCUACUGUGGCAACCGCCCUAUGCGUAUCUCCACCGCUACCCCUAAGAACAAGGGCCCUGGUGUCGGUGCCGGUAACAUGGGCAUGCCCGGACCCGCCGGCAUGUACCCUCCUAUGGGUGGCCCUCCCAUGGGCUUCUAUGGUGCUCCUCAGCCCAUGAACCAGUUCACUGACCCUAACAACACUACCGUCUUCGUUGGUGGUUUGUCUGGCUACGUCACUGAGGAUGAGCUGCGUUCUUUCUUCCAGGGAUUCGGCGAGAUUACCUACGUCAAGAUCCCCCCUGGAAAGGGCUGUGGUUUCGUUCAGUUCGUUCAGCGCCACGCUGCUGAGAUGGCUAUCAACCAGAUGCAGGGCUACCCCAUCGGUAACUCCCGCGUCCGCCUGAGCUGGGGUCGCUCCCAGAACAACUCCGGCCCUGCUGGCAGCCCCUACCGCCCCGCCCCCCCCCCCCUCCCAUGUACCCCUCCAUGGGUAUGCCUCCAGCUGCUCAGCACUACGGCGGGUUUGCCCCCAUGA